CGCGGCGGGGCGGCGCGGGAACCGGGCCCCGGGGGGAGUCGGCCGGGCUGCUGCUGCUACUGCUCCAGGUGCUGCCGCCCGGGGCUACGGCAGGGCCGGGACGCCGGAGCACGCGGGGCGCCGGCGGCGGCGGCGUCUGCUGGCCCGGCGCGGCCCCAGCCUUUCCCCGGGACGCGCGGCUGCUGCUGCUCCUGCCGCCGCUGCCGCCACUGUCGCCGCCGCCGCCGAGCUCCGCGCCCGCAGCCUCCGCCUCCCGGAUGGAGGCUCUGCCCCGCGGCGGGCUGAACCUGAAGGAGGAGCCGCUGCUGCCCGCCGGCCUGGGCUCAGUGCGCUCCUGGAUGCAGGGCGCGGGCAUCCUGGACGCCAGCACCGCGGCGCAGAGUGGCGUGGGUCUGGCACGAGCACAUUUUGAGAAGCAGCCUCCCUCCAACCUCAGGAAAUCCAACUUCUUCCACUUCGUGCUGGCCAUGUACGACCGGCAGGGGCAGCCCGUGGAGGUGGAGCGCACAGCCUUCAUCGACUUUGUGGAAAAGGACCGAGAGCCCGGGGCGGAAAAGACUAACAAUGGGAUCCACUACCGCCUCCGACUGGUGUAUAACAAUGGACUUCGGACGGAGCAAGACCUCUAUGUGCGUCUCAUCGACUCCAUGUCCAAGCAGGCUAUCAUCUAUGAGGGGCAGGACAAGAACCCCGAAAUGUGCCGAGUGCUGCUCACCCAUGAGAUCAUGUGCAGCCGGUGCUGUGACCGGAAGAGCUGUGGCAACCGGAAUGAGACGCCCUCAGACCCCGUCAUCAUUGACAGGUUCUUCCUCAAGUUCUUCCUCAAAUGCAACCAGAACUGCCUGAAGAAUGCGGGGAAUCCCCGAGACAUGCGCCGCUUCCAGGUGGUGGUGUCCACGACGGUGAGCGUGGACGGACACGUGCUGGCCGUGUCUGACAACAUGUUUGUGCACAACAACUCCAAGCAUGGCCGCAGGGCGCGCCGCCUGGACCCCUCCGAAGCUGCCACCCCCUGCAUCAAGGCCAUCAGCCCCGGGGAGGGCUGGACCACGGGCGGCGCCACCGUCAUUGUCAUCGGCGACAACUUCUUCGACGGGUUGCAGGUCGUGUUCGGAAACGUGCUCGUGUGGAGCGAGCUCAUCACGCCCCACGCCAUCCGGGUGCAGACGCCCCCGCGGCACAUCCCCGGGGUGGUGGAGGUGACCCUCUCCUACAAGUCCAAGCAGUUUUGCAAGGGAGCACCCGGCCGCUUUGUCUACACAGCUCUGAACGAGCCCACCAUUGACUACGGAUUCCAGAGGCUACAGAAAGUCAUUCCCAGACACCCCGGAGACCCCGAGAGGCUGCCCAAGGAAGUGCUGCUGAAGCGGGCGGCCGACUUGGCAGAGGCCCUGUACGGAGUGCCCGGCAGUAACCAGGAGCUCCUCCUGAAGCGCGCGGCGGACGUGGCCGAGGCUCUGUACAGCACCCCCCGCGCACCCGGGCCGCUCGGACCCCUGGCCCCAAGCCACCCGCACCCCGCCGUCGUGGGCAUCAAUGCCUUCAGCAGCCCGCUGGCCAUCGCCGUCGGGGACGCCACCCCGGGGCCCGAGCCGGGCUACGCGCGCAGCUGCAGCAGCGCGUCUCCCCGCGGGUUCGCGCCCAGCCCCGGCUCGCAGCAGAGCGGCUACGGCAGCGGCCUCGGAGCUGGCCUGGGUGGCUACGGAGCGCCAGGAGUGGCCGGCCUCGGCGUGCCUGGGUCCCCCAGCUUCCUCAAUGGCUCCACCGCCACCUCACCCUUCGCCAUCAUGCCCUCUAGCCCCCCGCUGGCGGCUGCCUCCUCCAUGUCCCUCCCGGCCGCUGCCCCCACCACCAGCGUCUUCUCCUUCUCGCCUGUCAACAUGAUCUCCGCCGUCAAACAGAGGAGCGCCUUCGCCCCCGUGCUGCGCCCCCCGAGCUCCCCACCCCAGGCCUGCCCCAGAGCCCACGGAGAGGGGCUUCCAGACCAGUCUUUUGAGGAUUCUGACAAGUUCCACUCUCCAGCCCGGGGGCUUCAGGGCCUGGCAUACUCGUAAUUACGGUCUGCAGCUGUUGUUCCCAUGGAGCCCGGACUGGAGGUCCCUCUGGGAUUCACAGCCACACCCUGGAUGGUGGCACAGACAGAUGCAGGGCCGGGGCCAUGGGCAGACCUCAGCCCAUGAGUGGAACGGGGAGGGGCCUUCACCCCAUGCUCAAGCCUCCCACUAGGAGCCCCACAGGCUUCUCUCGCCUCCCUGUCUUGGGGUGGUCAGAAGCCCCAGCACUGUGCAGAUCCUCUUGGCAGGAGAGCAUCCCAGGGAGGUGCUGGGAUUCUGGGCCUCGCUGUCUGGGUCUUGGUUCCUCUGAAAGAGAUGGAUCUUGUGCAGACUAGGGAUGUCGGGUGAGGGGAGCAUGGGAUGGGGACUGUGGGAAAAAGGACAGCUCAGGGAGAAGUGACCUGGAAAGGUCCUGUUUGCAUCUGACCCAUCUCAACUGGCCCAACAUCCCAACUUCUGUGCAGCGAAAGGGCGGCGCCCCGAAGCCUGGGGAGGCCUGCCCAGGCUCCCAUGGAGCUUCCAACAGCUGCUUCGCCCCGCAGCUGCCCCCACUUCCUUUGAGACCUGCACUCUCAUGCUUGCCGCAUCAUGCCUCCCUGUGGGGGCUUUGGGCAUGGAGGAGGCAGAAGACGGGGUGCCAGGCCUCCUGUAUUUGGAUGUCUCAUGGAUUCUGGCCCACACACUCACAAUGACUCUGGCUGGCCCCAUGCAGUGGGCCCAGCUGCCCCCCAGGUGGCCUCACAUUCUGCUCUGCUAAGUUUGGAGAAAACAGAACAAUAAACCAGAUGCAGGUGGCGCCCGCCCGGCCUCUCACCUGCCUCCUUGGUGUGA